AUGGAAGGGUUUCUCAACAAUUCCAUAAGACCAUACUUCGAUGGUACCGAUUAUGCGUAUUGGAAGCAAAAGAUGGAGAAGUAUCUUGAUAGUGAAAAUGUGAAUCUAUGGAAAUGCAUAAGGAAGCCAUGGGUAUGUCCUACAAAUCUUGUUGAUGGUGUUGUGGUGAAUAAGCCAAGAGAUGCUUGGACUCCCCUUGAGGAAAUUGCCUACUUGAAAAACAAUAAGUGCAUGUCCACUCUCUAUCAUGCACUCUCUAGAGAAGAAGGAGGAAAAAUUCUUCAUUGUCAAACCGCAAAGGAGAUAUGGGUUACUCUUGAGAAUCAUCAUGAAGGAACUAGUGAAGUGAAGUUCAAGAAGAUUCAACUCCUAACUCAAGAAUAUGAGAUGUUCUUCCACAAGGCCGAUGAGAAGGUGACUGAGAUGACCAACCGACUUCUCAAGAUUGUUGAGGCAUUAAGAAAGUAUGGGAAGCACUACUCCAAGGCGGAUGUCAAUAGCAAAAUCUUGAGGUCUUUGCCAAAAGUUACCUCCAUUGAGGAAGCAAAUGAUCUCACAAAGCUCAACACCGGUGAGCUAAUUGGUAAGCUUCUUACCUUUGAAAUUUACAUUGAAAGGGAAGAGCCAGAAGAAAAGAAAAAGGUGCUAGCUUUGAAGGCCAAGGAGACCAAGGUCAAAGAAACUAAGGCAAAGGAAGCUAAGGAGUCAAGCUACUCUAGUGAUGAUGAGUUUUUUGAAUUGGACUCGGAUGGUGGGAGUGACAAAGAAAUGGCUUUGUUCACCAAGAGAUACAACAACUACAUCAAGAGGAAGCAAGACAAAAGCAAGAGAGAAUUUCAUAAAAGACCCUUCAAGAAGGAAGAUGUGAAAUGCUAUGAGUGUGGCAAGAAAGGCCAUAUGAAAAAUGAGUGCAACAACAAUGAGAAGAGUCCACAAAGAUCACAUAGAAAAGACAAGGAAGUCAAGAAAAGGGCUUACAAAGUGACAUGGGAUGAGUCUAGUGAAGAGGAUGAGGACUAUGAAAGUGAAAGAGCCAACAUUUGUUUCAUGGCUAAUAUAGAGGAAGCCUCUUCCACUAAGGUACACAAUGACUCCUCUAUUUCCUCUUCUUCUAUUGAUGAUCUCUCUACCCAUGAUCAUGAAAGUGAUAGUGGGGAUGAGAAGGUGGGAAUGAUGAAAACUAUGGCUAAGAAAGUCAAUAGCUAUAAGAGAAAAAUUGUGAAAAACAAAGAAGAUUUUUCCUUACUUGAGGCUAAAAUUAAUGAUUUUCAAAAACAAAUUGUUAAUUUGAAUUUACAAAAGGAAUCCUUAAAAAAUUCAAUUUCUCUACUCAAUACUUCCAAUCUCACUUCUCUCAACUCUUUUAAAGAAGAGAAUGAGAAAUUAAAAAAGGAAGUGAUUGAGUACAAAACUUCUUCGACUAAGUUUCAAAAGGGAAAACAAUCUUUAGAUGAGAUGUUGACUUUCCAAAGACCUUCUUCUUCUAAGGAAGGAUUGGGUUUUGUGGCUAGUUUCUCAUCAUCUCCAUCCUCUAGAACCACCUUCAAGAGAGCUAAAACGAUACAAUCUUCUUCUAUAGAUGUUGAGUUCACAAAGGAGACAACACCUUCUAGUCCUUCUAUGACUAAGAUGGAUGUUGAUCCUCCACAAGCUAAGGCCAACACAUCUAAAGAUGAUAAGCCUAAAGUUACAUAG